CCCUUACCUUUCUUCUCAAGAGUCUAACCACGGCUCUUCUCUCUCCCCAAACAAUUUCCGCCGUUCAAAUCCAUUUGUCUCUCUUUAAUUUCCUCCAUCAAACAAGCUAAGCAUGGAGAAAAUGAAGCUUCUCUCGGAGAAAGUCACGUGCAACUCACAUGGACAAGAUUCCUCAUACUUCUUGGGAUGGGAAGAGUACGAGAAGAAUCCUUACGAUGAGGUCAACAAUCCCAAUGGAAUGAUCCAAAUGGGACUCGCAGAGAAUCAGCUCUCCUUUGAUCUUCUUGAAUCAUGGCUAGCUCAAAACCCAGAUGCUGCCGGGCUAAAGAAAGACGGGCAGUCCAUUUUCAAACAGCUCGCACUUUUUCAAGAUUACCACGGUCUUCCUUCUUUCAAAAAUGCCUUGGUUAGAUUCAUGUCAGAAAUCCGAGGAAACAAAGUCACAUUUGACGCAAACAAGCUUGUCCUCACCGCCGGCGCCACCUCAGCUAACGAGACUCUCAUGUUUUGCCUGGCGGAUCCCGGCGACGCUUUCCUCCUUCCGACUCCAUACUAUCCUGGCUUUGAUAGAGACUUGAAGUGGAGGACUGGAGCAGAGAUCGUGCCAAUACAGUGUUGCAGCUCAAACGGCUUUAGAAUAACGGAGACGGCGCUUGAAGAAGCUUACCAAGAAGCUGAGAGGAGGAACCUCAAAGUCAAAGGCGUUUUAGUGACGAACCCGUCAAACCCUCUUGGAACAACGUUGACCAGACAAGAGCUCAAUUUUCUUCUCACCUUCAUCGUCGAGAAGGGCAUUCACCUGAUCAGCGACGAGAUCUAUUCCGGCACCGUCUUCGACUCGCCGGGGUUCGUCAGCGUCAUGGAGGUUCUCAAGGAGAGGAACUACGUCGACACUGACGUGUCGAACCACGUUCACAUUGUGUAUAGCCUCUCGAAAGACCUCGGGCUCCCGGGUUUCCGCGUCGGAGCUAUUUACUCCAACGACGAAAUGGUCGUCUCCGCCGCGACGAAGAUGUCGAGCUUCGGGCUGGUUUCGUCUCAGACUCAGUACCUUUUGGCUGCGCUUCUCUCCGACAAAAAGUUCACGAAAAAGUACGUCUCCAAGAACCAGAAAAGGCUGAAGAAAAGGCAUGACAUGCUCGUCAAAGGUCUUAGGGCCGCCGGAAUCGGCUGCCUGGAAAGCAACGCCGGGUUGUUCUGUUGGGUGGAUAUGAGGCAUCUUCUCAGCUCGAACACUUUCGAAGCCGAGAUAGAGCUGUGGAAGAAGAUCGUUUACGAAGUGGGUCUGAACAUUUCGCCCGGUUCUUCGUGCCACUGCACUGAACCGGGCUGGUUCAGGGUUUGCUUCGCUAACAUGACAGAAGAGACGCUGAGCGUCGCAAUGCAACGAGUCAACGCAUUUGUCGACUCAUCUUCCGCCGCUGCAGCUGAGGCGGACAGAGGUGUCGACCGUAGUCCAAAGAAUUACGGGGGAAAGAAUUCGAAGAGGAAGGGGUUUACUAAGUGGGCUUUCCGGCUGUCCUUCAACGACCGCCAGAGAGAGCGUUAGUGCUGCCGGCGGCCGGCCACGGCGGUCAACCUUGACCGCAAAUUAAACUUUGAUUGGUUCCAUGAUUUUUCAUUUUUAUUGUUUUUUUACGUCCGAGCUGAGACGUACAUUAUCAGGUGUUGUUUUUUACCACCUACACUGGCUGUAGGUGUUGACUGUUACGUUGAUGAGUUUUGGACUAUCUUUUUAGAUUAUGCACUCCGUCCACGUUGUUGGACGAGAAGUGGCACCCGGCCAGAUGGCGAGAC